GUGUGUUGCGCAUGCGCCACCUCGAAAGGAGAGUUGUCGAGGUCGAAUUGUAGGAUUUCUUCGUUUUCGAACAAAACAAGGCAAAAUGCCUUCAGAUUUUGAUAAAGGGGCUUACCCAGAGCCUCCUCGGCAGACCCCGGCUAAGAACAGGGAGUCAGCACUGCCAGACCCAGCCCAGAUUUUGACUAAACUCUUUUAUUACUCCGUGGAUCUGCCUGUCACCACAUUUAGAGAUACGAUAGACAGCAUACGGUCAAAAAACAGGUUCGUCUAUUACCACCAGAAGUUCCGCCGUGUCCCCGACCUGACGGACUGCCAGGAGGGGGAUUACCUCUGCUACUAUGAGGCUGAGAUGCAAUGGAGGAGAGACUAUAAAGUGGACCAAGAAAUUGUGAAGGUGAUUCAGGAGCGUAUGAGGGCCUGUCACCAGAGAGAAGGCUCCAGUUACAAGCAGAACUGUGCCAAAGAAAUACAGCAGUUCAACGAGGUGACCCAAAACUUCCAGUCCCGCUAUGCUGACCUGGGAGCCUAUGCCAGUGGAAGAAAAUGUCUGAUGAAGCAGAAAGAAAGAAUGAUGGCAGCUCAGGCCCAGAAAGCUUAAGAACAAUGCUAUCCUUAACUCUGACCUGUGUAAUAAUUGUAAAAUAAAAAGGUAUGUUAACUUGUG